UAGCAAUGUGCAUCUUCGGCGGCGUGCAGGCCUCCAACGCCUCUCUCGAGAAGGGGAUGCAACUUCUCGUGGACGCAGCGGAGCAUGGGAGCCAGGAGUCCCUGCUUUUGGCGUUCAGGCUGCACGAAGCACUAUACCGAACCGUUCCAGAGCGCCUGCUGGUCAAUCCACAUCCACUUGCCGUGCUUCAACGCGAACGCCUGGCCAACAAGAAGCCUGAUUCAUACAUGUCGCAGCGAAUUUUAGAAGUCGAAGAAUUGUACCAGCGAAAGGCGGUGCAAUGUAUAUUUGACACCUUCCAUGAGGAUGCGUACUUGUUUUCUUGUUGUCUUCCGGAUGUACUUGAAAAAUUGGCCCAUUCAGACAUCAGGUUUGGUCCUGAAGAUCUCUACUGCCAGUCAAAAACCAACAUCAUCGAUUCAUCGCCACCCAAGGGUAAUCUCUUACAUUGGGCCGCUAGACUGAACUUGCAGUCAUUGGUCGAGUACUUGGUCAGCCCGAGACCCAACGGCGGCGGUUCCUAUUUUUCGUUGGGUGAUGGCAGUACAGAUCGUCGACUACUCUCUGGGGAAGUUCUUUCAGCGGCGUGUGAGGGCGGCCAUUUGACUAUGCUGCGCUGGUUAACUCAACAAGACUUUCUCUUUACAUUUACAGGCAACUCAGUUUUGUUUCACUGGCUGACGAAGUUUCCCUCUGAGGAUAUCGCCGCCGCAAUGGACAUCAUUCUUGUCCUUCAAGGCACAACAAAGAAGCUCGAGUAUGUGUCCUUUGACAAGAACGGGGGACCCGGGACGAGACAAAGAAUUUUCCCGGGGCCUACCGAUGACCUGCUUGCAUCCCACAAAUCCAUAGAGCUGGCAGGAGCACAGCUUCAAGGUACGGCCCUUGAGUUCGCUAUUGAAACGAACAACAAACCGUUAGUGGGACUCUUUUUAAGCCUGAUAUCGAUGAUCGGCAGCAAGGACCCGUUAAGAGCUGUUGGUUGGACGGAGAAGACAUUCGACAUUGCCGUUUCACUCAAUCUCUGGAAUCUCGUCCCGGUUUUGGCUGCUGUUGAGAAGACAUUCCAAAGGACCACACCAGCCAAAGAAACCGAAGCAAGAUAUCGCGAAUCCGAAGGCCGAGAGCCACUGUUGCCUUUCGGGUUAUCUGGUUUCGGCAUGCCCUACGACCCCAUGCUUCCGUUUCUUAUUCACGGCGCAGAAUACGCAGAGGCUAUGGAGAAGACGCUGGACAUCGUUCUAAGUGAGGGGUUAUGCGAUAUCAACGACUUGAACGAAAGAGGGGAUACACCGCUCUCCAAUUUCCUGCAAUUUGGACACUGCGACUUCACGACGAACAUCGUACAACACCUGAUUUCUCGCGGAGCCAGAAUUGCUCAAUCGGAGAGGCAAGAUGUUUCCAAGAUUUUAAAGGUCAUUGCCAAAACGCGCAGCCAUAGGACCUCAGCAGAACUCAUUCGAGCACUAGUCGAGGUGGAAGUUCUGGCAAACGAGGGCAACUUGCUCGCUAUCGUUAUUCAAUGGGGAAACUUGGAUGCAGUACGUAUGCUAUUUGGGUUGGACAGCAACAGCCACCGGCUACGUGCAAAUCUCGCGCUCGCCGAAUUACCCGAAGACUUGAGAGCCUCCGCGCUGGAGAAAGCCAUCCACGCAAAAACGAACAAUGCGCAAAUGGUGAAGCUGCUCCUGAGCUUGGGGGCUGACGUCAACUCAAGACCCGGUGGAUUCGUUGAUGGGGGAAAGUGGCCAACAUCACCGCUCGAGAGAGCAACUGAGCUGUUCAGCUGCGACGCAGACAUCAUCGACGCACUCUUCAAUGCAGGCGCCGAGCCGUCCUCUCAUGGCAUCACCGUCCUCGGCUGGGCCGCGUUGCAAGCGAACUGCUGGGUUGAUGGAGAGCCCGUCAUGAGGUACCUCCUUAGAUACGAGGAAAUCCGAAACCUGAAAGACGUCGAAUUUCCUGGAUACGGCUCCCCGCUACUGGUGGCCUGUCAUGCAGGCAACGUCGACGCUGCUUUUGCACUCUUGGACGCAGGCGCCGAUUGCGGAGACGACAACAAUGUUGAGUUCUUGUGUGAAAUAGCUGCAAGCGUCGCGAGAGAUCCUACGGAGCUGCCACCGGGACGUGGCGAAAACGACUUGACCAACCGCAAGUUAGUCUACAGAUGGCGUUGCCAGAUAGCCAAGCUGUUGCGCGUACUGCGAGCGGAGCGUCAGCUGAUCCAUGGAAGAACCGCAUUGCACUUUGCGGUAGAAACUCUCAACUUUGAACGCAUCAUCGAAAUUGUCAACGAAGACAGCUCCUUGGUAUCUAUCUGUGACGAUCACGGAAGGCUGCCAGUGCAUGUGCUUGAAGAUGCAGACGCGCUUGAAAUGAAAUCCAUAUCUGAAAGCCCCUAUCUACCACACAUCAAGAGAGUCAAAGAAUUCUUGGACAAAAGCCUUGCGCAGGGGUCGGGAGAUGUCAAGCCGGCACCAUCUGUCAAGCUGCCUGAGGGCUCAGCUGCGAAAAGAAGGGCCGUCGUGUUGAGGGAGAGCAAAGUUCUCGGGAUGGCAUCAGAAGUUGUAAUGCUCCCGGGUCGGCCACUCAUUCUAUUUGCUGGAAGGAAAAAGGGUGGCGAUGGGCCGAUCUCCAGAUACGGCUCUUACCCUAUCUAUGACAUUAAUCCGUCGAAGAGUGGCGUGCAGCGGUGCAUUCUUAUGAUACAGCACGUCCAAGCUACGAUUGAAGAAUUUGGGGAGAACACAGAGGAUCAUUUCCUCGCCAAAGUUCGGUUAGCUGAUCAUCUGUCUUGGAUGCAACAGCCUGACGCACACGGGGCCUUGCAAUACGCCGAGGACCUAGCAACACGGUGCAGUUGCGUACUCGGGCCAGAACACAGGCUGAAUGUGACCUGCGAUAUUGUAAUAAGCCGCGCUUUGUACAAUUCGCACCAGAACGAUAAGGCCAUUGCAAUGCAGAAGAGAGUCAUCAGUUCACUUCAACAGACAGCUGGCGCCAAUCAUGUCCAAACACGGGCGAAUACGAACCUUCUUUGCUUAUACCUGCGAGAUGCUAAGCAGGUUGCAGAGGCUGAAAGAAUUUCACAGCAAUGCCUCGACCUACUCAGGAACAGUGGAGAGGCGGAAGGGGCAGAUACUGUCGAGGCAUAUCUUCUAAUUGGAGAAUGCAAGAUAGAGCGAGGUCGCUUCGAACUGCAUCAAGCCAACUGCGAUCCCUCAGAAGUCGGUCUAAUCUUUGAAGACGCGGUAACUGCCCUGAACACAGCUGUUGACCUAGCCAGGCAACAUUUUGGGGGCAAAAGCCACAGCGUCUAUACUUGCCUUUUUCAUUUGGCCACCGCACAUGCAUUACUUGGCCGAGACGACCAGGCAAGGGCUUUGUUUACAACAAUCGUCCGCGAGACUCGCGACCAGACAGAAAAAGAAGCGAUUCAGCUCGUCGUCAAUACGCAACAAACCAUGUGGCGUUUUGGCCUCGAUAGACGGGACCUAGCGGAACAAAUAUCGGAUCAGGAGAGUCUGCUACAAACAAUGAACGCAUACGCAGAUCAUUAUUCCGCCAACGCCAUUAGGGACACAAUGACAGAGUUGGCCAAGUUGUACGACAGGGCAGGGCGGGUGCAUGACGCUCUUCAUCUUGUACAGCAAAGCUUGGCUUGGAGGGUGCGGAACUUGGGCGCAAGCCAUGCGGACACAAUCGCAACCAAAUUUCAAGCCUCUAAGCUGCUCCAAGCGAUGCGUAAAUACUCCGACGCAGAGCGCCUUCAACGAGAGAUCUUGGACACUUACGAUCAGAUCGCGCGCGAGUCCAAAGUACCGGUAGAUUUUCAUGACCGCAGGCGCACGUUAGUUCAGUCCAUCGCCAGGUUGUGCUUCGACCAGAUGAAGUUUCGCGAGUCGGAGCGGAUGACCAAGCAAACUCUUCAAACCCCAGGCGGAGCACCUCUACACGGAAGCUCGGAUUGGGUCCAGAUAUCUCUGUCCUUUGCUACGACUUUGGCAGUGCAUGGCGACGGAGACCAAGCUGAAAGACUGAGCCGAGAGGUGCUGCAGGUUUGCCUGGAGGGAGGAGAGCCGGGGCUCGAAGAAACUGUCCCUCGCGCUUUUGCAAACCUCACAUUCAUCCUCCAGAAACGGGGAAAGCAUGGAGAGGCAGCGUCUUGCGCGCUCGAAGCUGUGCGACGGGAUCCAAGGAGUGCCCGAGCGAGACUUGACCUCAUGACCGCCCGUUUGUCGUGUGGCAGCUCUAACGGUGCGAGGUUAGCAGGGAAGGCAGCGAUGAAGCUUCUGCAGACGCAAAACGAUCCAUCAACGACGGGACAUGGUUUGUAUUUCACAUAUUUUUCUCUUUUGGCCAGUGACUUUCUACGCCUUGGGGAUCAUGAGCAGGCCAAGGUUGCGAGUGACGAGGCUUUGUUGAGAUUUGAGCAGUUGGAUGGCCCUGGGAAGUCCAGCCGAUUGGCGAGGAAGCUUGACGUCCUGCGGAAUCUCAAGACGGCGCUUGAGCUUGCAGGCGAAGAAGCGCGGGUCUAUCAAGUCUCGAAGGAGAUACUUUCACUAGAGACACAAGAUCUUGCCGGGCCGAUGUCGCAGAUCCAGACUGACCAGCUUGAGCAUCUAACCGGCCGGGCGUACGAAGCUAGUCAGCAUGGCUUAGAGGCGGGAAUAGCUCUCAUGAAGACAGAAAGUCCUGGAAGGGUUGAGGAGCCACACCUGUAGAGGUAGUUCCAACUGUAUCCCGGGGGGGGUUCAUAAUUACAUUGGAACUGGAGUGAAAUUGGAGCGAACGAGAGUUACGCGUAUCUCUUUGGGUGGGUAGUGAAUAGAUUCCUAUUGCACGGCUGAUUGACUUCUCUUCUAAAAAUAGUGAAGUUGCUAUCUGCGUUCCAUAACAGGCUCUCCAGCUCCGUACAUUCAAGGCUUCAGAUUGACGAUAAGUAGACUCUGCGAGGGUCUAUGUAUAAUAUGACCUUGCUCAGUCUCAAACUUGUUUUAUAGUGUGUAGAGAGGCUACAAUGAAACUGGC